UAGUCAACUGGCCAUACUGUAAAUCUAUGGGUCAGAUUUACGUUCGUUUUGGUACACUGUCUCUGUUUUGUGAUUGGCUGAGCUUGUGCACGCCAAGUUGAGCGCGCACAAAGAGACGGCAAGGGAGUGAGAGAAAUUUUAGGUGGUGCACAAUGGAAGUUGAGCGUUCAACAUGUGAGCCCAAAACUGGUUUUUCUCUGCAGGAGAAUAAAUUCUCUAAAAAUUAUAUAAAUUUGAGCGUGCAAAAAAUGUGUUUCUGCAUUCAAAGCUGCCCAAUGCAAAUAAACAUUCACAGGACACUUCACACCUGUAGCUAGUUCACAACAUUCUCCUGACUGUCGUAUGUAUAAAAUUUGUAGUAAUUUGACGCCAUGACAAAAUUGAUUGGCUGUCUCCACUAAACAAACUCAUAUGUCAACGUUGUCAAAGCUUCAUGAGGGAAUUCCCGAAUUUCUGGUCCCCUGACCACCUCUUUCAUCUAGGCCACAGGGUGCUCAACAGAGUAGGCUAAUCCCCAUUUUCUCAAAGUUACUCCGUCACAUUUUUUUCUGGACAGCAAAUUGCUGCUGACAGGUAUUGAUGACAAUUGCCAUUAAUCGCGGCGUAUGCUUCCCUUUCAGAUGUCCGUUUUAUCUCAGCCAAAUAACCAGAGUCGCCUAAAUGCCUCUACAUGUUGUUUGUAAUAGCCUUCAACUCACCAGUUACUAACCGCUUGUGGUCAGGAGAGCUGUGCGCAGCAGCUGCGUGAACCACUUUCCCAUAAUGCACCACUGAAAACUACUGGAGAAGGAAUGCAGUAAGCUAGGGAGCUAGCAAGGUACGCUACGCUUCUGGCUGUCACAGCGACGAAAACUUUUGCAAACAGACCAUGAUGACCCUACCGGUCCAGUAAUAGCAGGUGUUGCCACAAUCCUCCUCUCCUGCCGUCAAAGAUGAACAUCGAUGAGAAACUGGAUGGGAUGCUGUUGAAGUGCAGUGGGCCGGCUGGUUUGCAUCACCACUCCUCCAGAGCCCUGGGAAGCACAGGGGUGGAUGGCAGGGGUGUAGGCGGCGGUGGUGGUUUGGAUGACAUGCCCAUGGGUGAGCGAGCACUGGCCAACCACCCCCUGCUGGCAGAGGAUGAAGAUGAGGAUGAGGACCUAGCAGAGGCAACGCUGAGCACGCAACACCUCAUCUCACACGAUGAGCUGAUGGUCCACGAAGAGACGGUGAAGAACGAUGGAGAGGAAGACCCUGAGUUCUCCCAAAGGCUUCCUCCGAAACUGCCAUACACUCUUCACAUGCCUUUGAGUAUCAAGCAGGAGAUGAAGCUCUCUGAUUCGCUGCUGCUGACCAAGAAAGAGAAGAAACAGGGAAGGGACCUUUCGGAAUGCCAUAAGAAGAAAAAAAGGAAGCAGCGCUCCCCAGCUAAGAUUCUCACCAUUAAUGAAGAUGGAUCACUAGGGCUACAGAGCCCUAAGUCGCACGUGUGUGAGCACUGCAACGCAGCCUUUAGGACCAACUACCAUCUGCAGAGACACGUCUUCAUUCACACAGGAGAGAAGCCGUUUCAGUGCGCUCAGUGUGACAUGCGCUUCAUUCAGAAGUACCUACUUCAAAGGCAUGAGAAGAUUCAUACAGGGGAGAAGCCUUUUCGCUGUGAUGAGUGCGGGAUGAGAUUUAUCCAGAAAUAUCACAUGGAAAGACACAAAAGAACACACAGCGGAGAAAAGCCCUAUCAAUGUGACUACUGCCAUCAGUACUUCUCCCGAACGGACAGAGUACUGAAGCACAGACGCAUGUGCCACGAGAACAAGGACCGCAAAGCACACAAAGCUGCUGCUAAAGAGGGGCUGCUGCGGACCUCUGAGACGGUGAGCUUUUCCUUCCCAGCGAAAGAGUGCUCGCUCCCAAAGAAGAAACGUCAGAAAUCCUGCGAGAAGACCCACGGCUCUGCCACGGUUCUCACAGACAGAGAUGGCAUUGGGAGCAUAGAGGAGAAGGGAGAAAAAAGGUUGACCAAAAGCGAGAGCCUGCCACUGUAUGCCGUCACUUCUAAAGUCAAAGACGAGUAUGUAGUGGCAGAAUACUCUGUUGAGCUCCCUGACUCCUCUCCAGGCAACCGACAUCUUGGAGAGGUGUCCUCUGAGGAAAUUAACCCUCCGAAACUGCUCCUCAAGAAGGUUCCUAGUAAGAGAAAUCUGAAGCAGGCUUUGGAGCAGCCGCAGAGCUUGUCACCAUUGUCUACGUUUGAGGAAGGCAAAGUCACCCGGUACACGUUUGAGAUUAUAGACAAACAAAGCCUGUUGGAUGUGGAGAACUUGGAGUCGGUAGACACCCUUCAGGGAGUACAGCCCAAACCAGCGACGAGUAGCACAAACUACGACGAUGCCAUGCAGUUCCUGAAGAAGAAGCGUUACCUGGCGGCCACCAACAACAGCCGUGACUACGCGCUCAACGUGGGAAGCAUCGCUUCGCAGCCCUCUGUCACCCAGGCGGCAGUGGCCAGUGUCAUUGAUGAGACUGUUCCUGCUACCAUCUUGGAGCCCCAGCCUAUGAGUGUGGAGAUCAAGUCAAACCAUGAGAAGAAUGUGCUCCCUGACGAGGUUCUCCAGACCUUGCUGGACCACUACUCCACCAAAACCAACGGGCAACCUGAGAUCUCCUUCAGCGUGGCGGACACAGAGGUCACCUCCAGCAUAUCCAUCAACUCGUCUGACAUGUCCGAGAGCAGCCCGCCAGAACCUCUCGGGACCAGCACACAGGCUCCACCAGCUGAGAAGUCCAGUCUCCUGCAUGAGUACUCAAAGUUCUUACAACAGGCAUUGGAGAGGACCAGUCAGAACGACAGCUAUCUCAACAACCAGAGUCUUACAUUUGUGACGGACAGCCCAAGCUUGGCUGGGCAGCCGUUGUUCUCCACUGACAAACAGCUGACCUCACCUAGUCGCUUCCGGUCAGGCCUGAAUUCUCCGCUAAGGUCCACCCUGGAGAAGCCUCACUUUGCUCUCCUGGGAGAUUCACAGCACUCUUUCUCUUUCUCCGGGGACGAAACUAACCAGUCGGCCGUGUCUCCCACUGAAGACUUUCUCGAGCAGGUGACUUCGUCAAAAAAGACAGAUGCUCAGGGGAUCAGCCAGACAUUUCAGAUUGCCACGUUUGAGCCGCACUUCCGCUCUCAAUUCCAGAGUUCUCGCUCCGGAAUCUCUUCCCAGUUUAGCAUUGCCAAUGGUCAGGUCAGCCUCCGAAGUCACGGAGCGGACUUCUCAGAGUUCCCACUGGUUAGUGUAACGGAGACCAGAACACAGAUGACUUCUUCCCCUGAUCAUUCAAGCAGCCAGACGUUUGGCUGAUCGGAAGACAUGUGUAUAUGUGCAUAUAUAUAUAUACAUAUAUACACAUACACACAUAUUUUUCAAUUGUUUGCAAGGCACUUUAUAACAUUCAUUUCUUGUAUUUUGCCAAUGUAUGCUUCAUUUUAGGUGUUGUUAUUCUUUAUCAUUGUCACCUUCUAACUGAUCAUGAGAAAAAAGUCCUUUACUGGCACAGAUAGAAACAGUACUUACACAUUUUAAUUGAAUCAGUUUUCUAGCACUUUUGAAGUAUAAUAUUAAUAUUUUAUUAUAUAACAUAGUGUAAAAAAUAAGGGGAAGCCAAAUAACUAAAGCUUUGUUAAUCCAAACAAGGAGUGCCUCCAUCAACCCCUUUCAAUACUGAAGCUUUUGAAGAUGGGUUACCUAGGAAAAAUAGGUAUAACAUUUUGGUUCAGGUACUGAAAGUGUGUAGGGUAAGCACUGACUGACUGUGAAAUAUGCCAGAAAUGGCUUUAGUACAGUGGUCUUUGUUUUUGACAGAAAUGUGUGAUGAAUCACAUGUAGACCCAAGCACGUUCAGUAUUUCUGAGACCCCAUUUUCUGCACCCCUUCUAGAAAGGUCCUUGUUAAUUAUGUACACAAUUAUGUAUUUCAGUUAAACUGUUAUGGCACUUACAACUGAAUUAGCCUCUGAUUCGAUCAGAGAUUCUAGUUUUGUAACAGGAAUAAGAUAUUUUUGUUGGCUCUUUUCUCAGCUUGUAUUAGAUAACUUCUUCCUCUCAUUUCUUUUCAAUAUGUCAUCUAAUUGUUGUGUAUAACAUAAUGCUAAUAAUGACUAACUAUAAUCAGCCAAGUAUAAAUGGUACAUUGUUAGGAAUUCACAGAUUAACAUUACAGUUACAAUAUGACAGUUGGAACCAAUGCAAUCAAUUUUAACAGAUAACAUCAGCUGUACUGGCAUUCAAUUUGAAAAGUUUUUUUUUUUUCCCCAUUAUUUUUCAAGUAAGGUUUCAUGUCUGUGACAAAUGCUCAUUAUGCAGCAUUUUCAGGAACUGUCUCAAGGAAGCCGCAUUCUAUGUCAAAAUGUCGCAGGAGUUGAACAUGUGACUCAUCGAAGUAGUUCAACCUAACGUUUCAUAUUUUCAUUUAAAAGAAGAAAAAAAAAGCAUGGCUGUAAAUUUGUAUAUUGCCCUCUGGUUGACAGUGAGUAAGAGGUGUUUCUUUUGAACCUGUACAGGCUCACUGGUCUGGCCCCUAUGAAUCCAGCUUCUCAUUAAACUGUAAUGUUGGUCCAGUUUAGGUAUGGCUUUAAGAUAGUAAAUGAAGAUCUAAAAUGCCAGCCAUCUCAAGAAAAUGAGACUAUGGGCUCUGAGUAUGUUAAGUUGAUUGACAUUUUAAACUUAAUUUUCCUUUUUUAUUGCGAUGUUUAUGUGAGUCAUCCCUUUUACAAACUCAAUUGACCAAUAGCCCAAAUGUAUAGUUUUUUAAACAUAAAUCGAGAUAUCCAAAACUAUUUUUGCACAUUGAACUUAAACUUGUCAGGCUGAGAGAUUGUUGCAUGCAAAUAGUGUCUUACCUCUGCAAACAUGGACACAUUUGUAAAUACAGACCAACUUAAUCUUUUCAAAACUAGUGACGGCUACAACGAGGGGGAAAUCAAAAGGUACUAUACCUCAAGGAAUCUUGGGAAUGUUGGCAGUUGAAUGCAGUCUGUGGAUCCAAUCCAAAUGUUCUAAACUUUGCACACUUUCCAUAAUAGGGAAUGUCUUUUGAAGAUGUUGUCAUAUUACAACCUUAAUGUCUACAUUACCUCCCCUGACGUUUUAUAUACUUGGAACUUGAGAUGUGAUAUGUAAUCAGGUUUUGAUUGACCUGAGUCUCUGUCAUUUAUCAUGAAUUUUGAUAAUCCGAAACCAUCAUGUAUCAUUGAUCAGUGGAAAGAGCGAUGACUCGAGGUGAGGUAAUCACUAGUCGAUCAGUGUGUAUACCGUCUCCUUCUUUUCUGAAUUGCUUCUCACUUUGGAUGGUUAAAACUAGUCCACUUUUUUGCACUCUACUUGUGGUUGUAAAGCUAAAGCUUCUCAAGUUUCAGUGUCCUUGGGACUUGCACAGCUUACUAGUUACAUUUCUUUUCUUUUCGUUUUUAAAGCACUUUUUUUCUUCUUCUAAUGCCAUGUCCUGUGCUCAUUUCACCUGAUGCACUUCUUCUCUUGAGGUCAUCAUUUCCCUCCCAGUUUCCCUAAAUAUGGUCUGACAUUGUUGUAAAUCACCUCUCGUCUCGGCAGUGCAUAGUGGCCUUCUACUAGGUAAAGAACAUGUUUGGAUAGUUUAAAGUGGCAAAUAUAUAACAACAAAACGACAACAAAAAAUCAUGUUGAAAUCAUUGUUUUUGAAUAAUGUAUAGUAUACAUUUCACUAAAAAUGUUCCACACAGUAAUGUUCAUAGAACAGGCUUAUAAUUGUUGUUUGAUUUUGACCAGUGCAUGAACUUUUCCCUGUCUGGUACUGUUGUGCUCUUAUUCUAACUUGCUCUUUGAGAAUAAUAUUAUGUAUUGUGCUCAUAGCUACUCCUUGUAUUUGCUUCAUGUGAGAUGAUCAUUUGAAAAUGUAGAUUACAUUGCAGAUUUUCUUUUAAAUCUAGGCAGUUCCAUGCAAUGGUGAACUUCAUGUCACCUCCAAAACACUGACAUGUUGCUUAUUUGCAUAUAUAAGCUGUAAUAUGCGAGUGGAUAGUUUGAGCAUUUGUCAACAUAAGGUUACAUCACAUUGGUAAAAUAUUAUGUUCUGGUGUGCCUUACAGAUAACAUUGCAUACAUCAGGGUUAUGGACGUGGCAGAAUGGUCAUCUGCAUGAAAUUGCCAGCGUGCUCUGGUUUAUCUCUCUGGUUUAUCUAAUGCUGUGACGUUUAGAUUUCUGGUUUAAGCCAAACAUGGUGGUGACAUUUCUUGAUUCUCAAUAGCCAAGUUCUGUUGACGAUCAGGGAAAAACACCUUCACUUUGAACUGCAGUUAUUCUUCACAGUUUGUGUAAGCAUUCCUUUGUUUGAUGGUGUUGAUUGAAAGCUUGCUCCUACUGUAAAUACAUUGUACAUUUUUAACUGUAUAGCCUUGUUUAGAGAACAGUAUUUUUGGGAAAGUACAGAAUCAUUUUGGAUCUUCAGUGUAUUUUUUAUUGUAUAACCUCCUAGAUUGUGUUCUCUAAAUAUGGUUCAUGGGAUCAGGGGAUAUUUAGCUAGUUAUCAGUCUGCUAUAGAUCACAUUGCAUCUUUGUUAUAUUUGUGGCUUACUGUUCCAGAGCUGUGGAUAAAUCAACCAGGGAUCUGUCAGGAAGGAGAAAAUGUGUUCAUCUCUAUUUGAUGAUGAUGAGGAUGAUUUGGUAACUCAUUACUUAAUUAGCUGGAUAAUUAUUAUGUAACAUGGUGGUAAUGUGCUGAUAUAUCAGCUGGUAAUACAUUUGCUAACUUUUAUGAAGCUAUUGGUCCUGGCUCAGCCUGUUUUGCUCCUCUUUGUCAACAUCUGGCACAACUCUCUCUCAAACAUCUGUCAGCAAUAAUGGAUCAUGUUGAAUUCUUUUUCGCAUUGGAUUAUUACAAAGUAUCAUUUUGGGAUCGACCACCUGUUGUAUUUUAAAUGAUUGAACAAUAAUUAGUGUUUUGAGAAGUGAAGUCAGAGCUUAUCUGGGGCUGUUAUGUCUUUGAUUUAAUUGUACUCUGGAUGCAGAAUCCUCAGCUAAUUGUUGAUUUUGGCCCCCAUUUAAUAUUACGCAAAUUUGUUUAUGGAUUUUUAUGCAGCAAAAAAUGUUAGUUUUUAAAGAAUGAUUUUUUUUCUUAAGAACUGUUGAAAGAGGGCAUACCAUGAAGGAAAAUCAAGUGCUUCAGAGUUUUAUGUGAAAGAUAAGACAUUGUUUUAUGCCAAUACAAUGUCAUAUCACAAUUUCUGCUCCACAAAACCACUUGGUUCUGAUGCCAAGUUCUGACCAUAAGUGCCCUUCAAAUGAGCGAGGAUGAGAGAAUAACUUCUGGUCUUUAGAGAGAACAACAAAAAUGUAACUUUUUCCUCUUUUCAACCUAUAGCCUACCUGUGUGAGACUUUAAAGAUAUUUUACUGCUGCUUGUAAAAGUCAUUGUACAUUUAAAAUUCAACAGUCCUGUGAUUGAACAUUCGCAUACUUUGAACAGAGUAACCAUAAUUUAGAAAACAAAGUUAGUGUCAGUUAUGUUGAGAGAGAUUUUUUUUUUAAAUUUCCAUUUAAAUUGAAAGGUUUCCUAAUCCUUUUCAUGCCUACAUUCUGAUAUAUUCCAUUCCUGGGGAGCUGCAUGUCCCCUGAUUUGUCAGUUUUUGUACACUGGUUAUAUUUUUAUAUGUAAUGUAUGCAUUGUAUUGUAGCUGAAUUAUUUCAUUUAGAAUACCAUUACAUUUAUGCAAUAUUAUGUAUACUGUAUGACAAGUGAAAAUUGAUUUCAACUGAAUAUUGUUGGGUUUCUGAUUGUCUUUUUGUGUGUUACAUUGUCUUUCCAAAUAUAAACAAAAUGAUUGUG